UGUUGAAUUUAUUAAGUUAUGAAACAAAUACUCUAUUUUUAUUUUGUAUUUAAAACAUAUAAAUCAAUAUAGACGUUUAUAUAAAAUAUUGAAUAAAUAUUAAAAUGUUACAAAAAUUGUCUAGGUAUAUAAUAUGCAAUAAAAGUGUGAUAAAUCAAUUUUUUAGUAUAAAGAAAAGGAAUAUAUUUCAAACAAAAACAAAUUUUCAAAAUAAUUUUAAUAGAAGUGAUGGAGAUGCACGAAAAAGAAACAUUAAAUCAACUUUGUAUUAUGUUUCUGCUGCCGGUGUUUUAGUUGCUGGUUUUAGCUAUGCGGCAGUGCCCCUUUAUAGAAUGUUUUGCCAGGCAUACAGUUAUGGUGGAACGACUUCCAAAGGUCAUGAUGUAGCAAAAGUUGAACAUAUGAAAAAGAUAGAAAAUCGACAAUUAAAAAUAAAAUUUAACGCUGAUCUGGGCGCAUCAAUGAGAUGGAACUUCAAGCCGCAACAAUAUGAAAUUAAAGUAGUGCCAGGUGAAACAGCUUUAGCUUUUUAUACUGCAAGAAACCCAACAGAUAAACCUGUAACUGGAAUUAGCACUUACAAUGUAAUUCCAUUUGAAGCUGGACAAUAUUUCAAUAAAAUUCAAUGUUUUUGUUUUGAAGAACAACAAUUGAAUCCCAACGAAGAGGUUGAUAUGCCAGUAUUCUUCUAUAUUGAUCCGGAGUUUGUUGAUGAUCCUAAGAUGGAAUUAGUUGACACUAUAACAUUAUCUUACACAUUUUUUGAAACUAAGGACGGAUUUAAUAUACCAAUGCCGGAAUAUGCUAAGCCACAUUAAUUGUCAAUUUCAUUUAUUUUAUUUGGAAAUUAAAGUAGGUAGGUAUAUCUGCCUACCUAUCUACCAAUUGUUUAUAAAAAUUUAAAAAAUUAUAUAUGUAUCUUGUAAGUUUCAUAUGUAAUUUAUGGCUUUGUAAUUUUUGACUUCAAAAUUUAUGGUUUGAUUUUCAUUUAAAUUUCAAACUUCAUACAAUUUUUUGCUCAAGAUUUGAAUUACAUAAAAAUGAACAUAGUAUACAUACAUACAUAGUAUACUUUAUGGAAUUGGUAGAACAUUCGCAUAAAAAGCGAUACCACAAUUUAUUUAAUUUGUUUAACGUUAAAAACUGUUAAUUACUAGUUAAACUUGUUGGAAGAGUGAAUUUUUGGAAUAUUCAAAAUUGAUUUUCAAAAAUUUUAUAGCAUAAAUUAAUCAAAGUAAGUUUUUGAUGAUUGUAUUAUUGUAGAAUAUUUUGUAAUAGAAAUAAAAUAAUUUAAAAAAUAUUGCAUUUUUACAUACAUAAACAUGUAUGUAUGUAUAAAUCUAGAAAAAAAUUAAAUAAUUUGAAGUAGCAAAAUUUAUAAUUUUUUAAAAAAUAAUUUUGUUUCCUAAAAUUUUAAUAUUUCCACAAAAAAUUAGGGAAAAACACUUCAAUUUGGUUGCUUCAUUAAAUAAAAAUUCCACAAAAUAAGAAGUUCUUGUAGGUUGGACCUACAUACAUAUGUAUUUAAAAAAUACAUAUGUACAUACAUACAUACAUCUUUUUGGAUAAAGUUUUGAGACUCUUCAGUUAAUUAAAAAAAAUAUUAAUAUUUUCAAAUGAAUUCUGACUACUGAUUUGUUGGACUUGACGUUAUUGAUCAACUGAAUACUUCUUAAUUUCUUACUUUUGGAAAUUGAAAAAAUGAACAUAUACAUACAUAUGUACAGAUGUACAUAUUAAGUAUGAAUGUAAGUAUAAAAACUUUUUCUAUUUAUCCCAGUAAUGUAAUAAAACAGUAGAGUGACUAAUUUCCAAAAUAACACGUUUUGAAGCUUGUAAAGCUAUGCUGUUAUUUCAUAUUUCUAUUUAAUCCUAACUUGAAGCUUUGAUCACAAAAUAUCUCUGAUCAUAAUUUUCUUUAAAAUUGUUUGUUUUUAUGUUAUUUAAAAAAAGAAUUAAAUUAUACACAUUAUACACAAAAAUGUUGUAUAUGCAGAUUUGGUUGUUUUAAGCUUGUCGUUUAAGUCUUACAACCGGAAGUUUUAAUAGUUUUCUUUUAAACCUUUAAUUUUUUGAUUUACGAAAAUAUUUUGAGUCAUAUAAUAAUAAGAAUUUAGUAAUAUAUAUGUAUUAUAUGUACGUAUUCAUCAAGUAAUCACCAAUUUGUAGCACUUUAAUAAUACAGCAUACAAAAAAAGUACAAAACAAAUAGUAAAAAAUCAAACACAAAUUUUUUCAAAUAAUGCAAAUAAUCUUCCUUAAUGUGCAAUUGGGGAACAUAACUUUUAAUUUUGAGAGUUAAAAUAGCUAGAAACAAAAAUAUAUCGAAAUAAAGUGCAACUCUUUCUAAACUUUUCAAAAAAUUUCACCGGAAGUAAUUUACAUUAAGUAAAAUCAAAGCUAGUGAACAAGUUGUAUAUUAAUUGUAAUUUCAUUCUUUUAAAUUAAUUUUUAAGCCUACAUACAUACAUGCAUAUAUAUAUAUAUAUAACAAAUUAGGAAAAAUUCUUCAUUUUGGUUGCUUCUCUAAAUAAAAAUUCCACAAAAUAAGAAGUUCUUGUAGGUUGAAUUAGUUUUUAAGCCUAUAUACACAUAUAUGUGUAUAUAUAAAAUUAUAUAAAAAAU